UUCUCCUUGUAUCCAGCAGUUGUUAACCCGCCUGAAGUCGGCGGGCGCAUAAAUCGUGUCCAUUUAUCAGUGGAAAUAUAUUUGUCAGUGCAUUUGUGUCGUUAACAUUCUGAGUUAUUUACCUCACUGCGAUUAAUGUCAAUGGAGGAGUCCCCCCGCGUCACAAGAUACGAUACCGUCCAGGAAAGUACAAUGGAAUAAAUUUGACAGUUCGUUAUAUAAAUUAUUUCUCGAUAUAAUGAUCGAAAAUCGAGUGGAGCGUAUCGAGUGGUUCACAUGGUCGAUGUCCGGCUGUAACGGAUCCUCUGCUUCUGCUGUAUCGCAUCAGAAUCGCCUAGUCAUUCGCAUGGUUCAAUCAUUCCACAAUACAAUUUCAACAAUGGAGGAGAACUACAAUCAUCAUCCCAGCGGCAUUUCGUACUGAUGGGAAUAUGUUUAACAGAUUAAGGCUGGCAGGGAGAAGAGAAACAGAGACGAGUUUGUCACAGGUAAAACCUGGAAGGACAUGCUCGCUCAUUGGUAAUUUCUACAAUCAGUAUCAGCGCCGACCUCGCUCCACCAGAUUGUCCGUAGUCGGGAAAGCCGAGACGAAGUUCCCGCAAGUAGAUCCUGUUAGAAAUCAUCUUUCGCACAAGCUCAGACAUGGUCAGAUUACCGCACACGACAAACGACCCUAAGCUGGUGGAUGAAGAAGAGUUGGAGAACGAUCUGCAAUUGAAAAGUAGCACAGAGCAUCUGGUGACCGAUACCAUCGAUGCUCCAUUGAAACACACGAUAAUCAUUCCAAAUCUCGGGAUGCCAUCCGAGAAGAAGAACAAUCAGUGCUGCGCCCUUGCCUACAACCAGAUCGAUUGUAACGGACAGCAAUUAAACUUGGAGAGUCCAAUGGAUGAUGCCAAGACCGGAAAGUGCAAGGAGAAAGCUGCCGGUGGGGAUGGUUCGCUGUCGAGUGGAUGCUCAAUAGUGACGAUCUCAUCAGUGGCUAAUUCAGAGCCCGAUCCAGCAUCUCCAAAUGGACAAAAUCCCCUGGAAAGAGGUCGAAGUGUUCUCGAUGAAAGAUGGCAACACACUGCACUUCAAGUAUCUGUACCAUUCUUCAUCGCUGGUGUUGGUACCAUUGGAGCUGGCCUGGUACUAGGCACCGUUGAAAAAUGGGAAGUAUUCACUAAAGUCUCACAGCUGUUCAUCCUUGUUCCAUCACUUUUGGGCCUCAAAGGCAACCUGGACAUGUGUCUAGCAUCACGACUUUGCACUCAAGCUAAUUUAGGUAAUAUGAGCAGUUGCCGGGAGAUCGCGAAAAUGGUCAUUGGCAACUUGGCACUUGUACAAAUACAGGCCAUUGUGGCGGCAAUUAUAGUCUCAAUAUUUGCAUCGGCUGCCCAUGCAGCUAUGAAUGGGGUUUUUAUUUGGGAUCAUGCCCUACUUGUAACGGCUUCCAGUCUGUGUACUGCAACCAGUUCCUGCUUCGUUCUCGAUUUAGUGAUGAUAGCGGUGAUCAUGGCAGCCCACAGAUGGAAAAUGAACCCUGACAAUUUAGCAACACCUCUGGCAGCGUCAUUUGGCGAUGUCGUGUCUGUGAGCGUUCUAGCUAUCAUCGCGUCGAAGCUAUUUAUUCGUAUGGAAGCAGAAGUGUUCAUAUUGUAUCUGAUUAUCGGUGGUUAUCUGCUGGUUCUACCCAUCUGGAUAUGCAUCGUCCUGAGGAAUAAAUACACAAGGAACAUUCUAACGUCUGGGUGGGUGCCAGUCUUAUCCGCCCUGUUCAUCAGUGGACUAGGAGGAUUGAUUCUGAGUAAAGCAGUUGAUGUGCUCUCCGGAUUCGUCAUCUUCCAGCCUAUAAUCAACGGCAUAGGUGGUAAUCUUGUUUCAGUUCAAGCUUCGAGAAUCUCCACUACACUUCAUCAAACUUCAAUUAUGGGAAUUAUACCACCGUAUACCAAAGUAUUCAUUAGUCCUUUCAAAGCCCUAGUGAAAGGAGUUCCAUUCGCAAAUACUGCAAGACUACUGAUCAUCAUGGGAGUCGUAGGAGAAAUUCUAUUCAUAUUCGCUGCCGAUUACAUCGAACAACGGCAGUCAACAUUGCACGUUUAUUUCGUGUUGUCUUACGUUAUCGUAGCAUUUUCACAAAUAAUGCUGCUGCUGUAUGUGGCCCACAUAAUAAUCCAUGCCAUGUGGAGGUUCAAAAUCGACCCCGACAACUCGGCGAUUCCGUAUUUAACGGCACUCGGUGACUUGACAGGUACCAUGUUCUUGGGGGGAGCUUUCUGGUUCCUCAAGGAGAUUGGCUAUCCUUAUGCCUUCAACGUUAAGACCUAAGGGGGUUUAAGGGGGAUCAAUUGGGAAUUUAAGGAGGGGCUGAAGGGCGUGAGGAGAAUGCCCCGUUGAUUGGAGAUUCAAUUCAAUAUCGUUAUACUUGAUGAUCAUUGAGAUAUUUGAGGGGAAAUUAUGAGGGACAAUUGAUCUUCAGUGUAAAUAUUCAAGGAGCGAGUACAGUUGAAGUAUUAGAGAAGAAAAAGUAUUUCCGACUUGUCACAAUCAUGAUAGAACGAAAUAAAUGGGAGACACUGGCGGUUGAACGAAGUGAGGGGAGAGUUGGCUCAAACUCAUAUUUUUAAUAUCUGUGAUGUCUAACUCAUGUAUUCAAGAGCGAUGAAAAUGAAACAGAAAUAUUUCAAGUGAAAAAUGAAAACAGUAUGGAAGAGAUUCUUUAUUUCUACUCAAUGGAGUAUACUGAAGUGAUUGCGAGAUUCUUCUCCCCGUGUUGUCAUAAGAAAACUGGAUAUUCAUACAUUGGCAUACAAUACUCAAGGAGGGAGUAAUGCACUAUCCGCUAUUUAUUUUAUUGUUUUAAAUGCAAAAAUGUGAUGUACGUACGUUUAAACUCCAAAAAGAAUGAAAGAAAUUUAUUCACUUCGAAAAUGCCGAUGUCUCAAAUUGAACAGUAUGAGAUAUAGCGCUUUUAACUUUUUAAAUCAUUUGUAUAUAAUUUUGAAUGCUAAUCGGAAUGUACAAAGCGAUUCAAGAAGAGUAAUUUGUAUAUGAUAUUUGCAAUUGGUUUGAUUGUUCAUAUUUUCUGAAUAAAAUAAAUUGGAAACAUCGCA